GUGUCCAGCUUGUUGUGAGUUGUCGCGGAUAGUUUGCUGUUGCUGGCUUCUUCUUCCUUGUGGGGCAAAUGGCGAGCUCCAAAGAUCCGGGUCGGACCGGGCCGGUUCUCUGGUCCUCUGCGCUGCUGCUGCUGGUGCUGACGGGUCUCAUUAGGCCGGUCGGUGCCGUGUCCGAACCGGGGAAAUGGAACCUGAAAGUCGACAGUGAGAGGCUGAAGGCGCAGAACUUCUUCUUGUUCAGCAAAACUCUGUUCAACAGCAGCUUCAUCCACCUGAAGCUGGUGUCAGAGACCUGUAACGCCUCGCAUCCCGUCCAGCUCAACGUGUCCUGGUACCUGAGGAACUCGCACUGCUACGAUGAAGUCUUCCACCCGGACGCGACGAAGGCAGCGAGUUACUUCAGGUCGACGGAGGUCAGGCCGGGAGGAGGAAGUGGAUACUACGUUUUUCACCAGUAUCCUGCCGUCACCUGCCAGCCACACAUAAACCCCAACACGUUCGGCCUGGACGACUUCCAGAUGAAAACACGACUGACAGAACUGCCGCAGCAACAGCCAACCACAGACAAGACUCCAGGCAGGAGGAGGCGGAGAGAGGUGGAGCCUCCACAGCCGAAGGAGAUGAAGAAGGAGGAAGCAGCGUCGGCAGAACCAGGAAAAGCUGCUCCUCCUCCUAAAAAGGCGGCGGCUCAUCCUCACUUCGACGCCGUGGCUGAGAGCUGGGAGGACGGACCCUACAUGUUCAUCCUGAACAUCAGAGAGAUCAAAGACAGGAACCGAGCCCCCGACCCGGCUAGCCCCCCCGCAUCCUGGAGUCUGCAGCUGCAGGUCAGCAUGAAGGGUCCUCAUGACUACAUAUCAGCCUCGGAGUGGCCUCUGAUGGUGGUGAGAGCACACACAUGCGCACACACACAUGCACACACACACACACACACGCGCGCACACACACACACAUGCACACACACACACCUGUCUUCACCUCCGACUCUGCAGUUCUACAUGGUGAUGUGCAUCGUCUACGUGCUGCUGGCGGUCUUGUGGCUGGCCCUGUCGGCGUGCUACUGGAGGGACCUGCUCAGGAUCCAGUUCUGGAUCGGAGGAGUGAUCUUCCUGGGCAUGCUGGAGAAGGCCGUGUACUACGCCGAGUUCCAGAGCAUCAGAUACGACGGCCUGUCAGUCCAGGGGGCGGUGAUGUUCGCUGAGGUGCUCUCUGCGGUGAAGAGGACUCUGGCCCGGGUGCUGGUGAUCAUCGCCAGUCUGGGAUACGGCAUCGUCAAGCCCAGACUCGGUGCGUUGCUCCACAGAGUCGUCGGUGUCGGUCUGCUCUAUUUGAUCUUCUCCAUCGUCGAGGGGACACUACGAGUCAACACUGACCGAGGUGACAACAGCACUAGGCUUUUGUGUGCCAUAGUGCUGGCCUUCACUGACUCCUGUGUUGUCUGGUGGAUCUUCGUGAGUCUGGCUCAGACGAUGAAGCUGCUGAGGCUGAGGAGGAACGUGGUGAAGCUCUCUCUCUACAGACACUUCACCAACACGCUCAUCUUCGCCGUCAUCGCGUCCGUCAUCUUCAUCAUUUGGACCACGAAGACGUUCAAGAUGUCUAAGUGUCAGUCGGACUGGAGGGAGCUGUGGAUCGACGACGCGUUCUGGCGUUUCUUGUUCUCCAUCAUCCUAUUGGUCAUCAUGUUCCUAUGGCGACCGUCGGCCAAUAACCAGAGAUACGCCUUCAGCCCUCUGCUGGAUGAAGAGAGUGAGGAAGAGGAGAAGGAGCCCAUGAUGAAUGAAGCUUUCGAGGGGAUGAAGAUGAGGGGCAUGAAGAACGAGUCCAACGGUUCGGCCAAAGCCAACAAAGUGGACGAGGACCUGAAGUGGGUCGAGGAGAACAUCCCUUCAUCGAUGGCGGACGUCGCCCUGCCCCCCCUGCUGGACUCUGAUGAGGAAACCAUGACGACCAAGUUUGAGAUGUCCAAGAUGGAGUGAAGCAGAAGAGGAAGGACGGACGAAAGCACUACUCUGGGAAGCGGGUGGAUGAAUACUAUAGAUUAAUAUCAGCGUAUGAGGCGGAGCGACGGAUGAAAAGCAGCCUGACGGAUGGAGGCGGGGCCGCAGCGAGCAGCCAGCGUUUGCUUUUCACGACGCCGGUGUCGGUACAUGAUUUAAUCCCUGAUUUAUGAGCUUUGUAAGCCUUGAUUGUACAUACACUGGGAGUGAUAUCGACCGCGGCGGCACGCAGAGCCUUUUAUUUUUAUUUUUAUCGCCUGUUUGUAUUUAUAUUUCUACAUAAACAGAAUAUUUUGACAGAUUUGACGUUAGUGAGGCUCUGCACUGCGGAGCGGCUCGGCUGCCUCUGCACGGUUCACACGUGGAAAUGUGAUUUUCAGACGUCGCCUCGUGUGUUUUCACUGUUUCCACAACAAAGAGCGUCACUAGCUGAGCCCUGCCUGCUGAUUGGCUGAUUCCUCUCAACCCGUAAACACCGAUGUUGUGAAUCUGAAAGAAAAAAAAAAAUCUUGAAUCGUUGUCUCAUUCUUCUUUGUGGAGUCGAGGUUCGUCUCUGAAGCUCGUUUUGGAUCCGUAUUGUUGCAGCUUUUGGUUCCGGUGCAGUUUGAACCAUUAAAACUGGGAUUUCUUUGUUUUAACGACGUGAAAAUGAUUUCCUGAGUCCAUGUGAAGGAAUUAUUGUUGCUUCUUGCAACAAAAACAACAGAUUUGCUGCAUCUGGAAGAUAAAAGUCAGUCGAGAUUUAGAUCGUCUGUGAUUGGCUGCCCUGCUUUCAUGAUUAGCCUUUCUCGUCCCUCCAGACUUUACUGUCCCGGGGGGAGGUUUGUGUUCACCGCCAGCUCAGCUCAUUUAAACGCAGCAGCAGCGUCCAGGUACAAAGAGUCUCCGUCAGUGCGUGUGGAGAACAUGGAGUUACUGUCGUGGAGCGGUUGGAGGAUGCAGCGUCUUCUCAGUGUUUGAAGUACGUGGUGAUGGAGGAGGGGCGGAUGACGUGAGCCCCCUCCUUAGAGUAAACAGACCGUCCUGAUAGUGCAGAUGAUCGGUAUGGUUUUGAGCCUUGCUGAAGGUCCUGACACCGCCAGGCUGCUGGUGACGAUGGAGCCUGUUGAACUGAUGGCUGAGCUCGGAGGAGACGCUCUCUGAUUGGCUGGUAAAUCAGGGAUUUGACCCGUUUCGCCCAGUUUUUAUUAUUUUCGCCUCUUUUCUUUUUAGUCGUGCCAGCAGCUGUGGCUCUGUGGCUUCACAUCAGGCUUUGCUCUGACUGUGAUGAACCGGCAGCAGGUUUACACUUCUGACUUUCAGUGAAAUAUCUCAGCAUCUCUUGUGUGAUCUCCAUAGAAGAACCCCGCGACCGUGGUCAUCCCCUGACUUCCUCUAGCAUGACCUUUGGUGUGUUUCUGAACCAUGUAUUCCCGCCCCGUCUCGUAACUCGCCCAUCAGUUGAAGUAUCCGUCACCCCCAGCCACAGAAAUGCAGUUCUGUCUGUUGUCUUUAACUUCACGCGGCUGCUCGCUCUCAUCGGGAACAUCAUCCACACGUGUUGUUUUGAACAUCUGCAGAUUCUGAAUCAGUAUUUUCAUACAGACGACCUACAUCAGAGGUUAGAUCAGACCUGAGCGCAGAGGCGGCACAGCAGAGUCGGGCUUUGAGAAGUUUUUUACUCAUGACAGCGACGUCUCUGCCGCAGCGUCAGAGCACACAACAGUAUUUGUUUAAAGCGAAUAUUAGAUGAAAGGAAAAUUAAUGAGAAUGAACGAAACAUCUGUUUCUUCUGGUUCGGUCCGGUCUGAGAUGAGGAGGCAGGAAGCUUCUUCAGCUCGUGAUCGGUCUGACGGAGCAGGCGUGGACUCUUCAGUUUUAACAUGUCUCUCGUCUCUCAGCGCAGAGCAGCGUCUGUUUGUUGUCGUCCAAAAAGAUCAAGUCUGUAAAGUUUGUGCUGUUUGGUUUGUAAAUCAAUCAAAAGUUAAUAAUAAAAACUUGGAAAGAU